AUGGCGACGCAAUGGCCUCAACAGGCAACGUGGCCAUCUGCUAUACAUGAGCAUGCCUCACGCCUCAGCACGUAUCUUGAAGCUUCGCUGACCUGUAUCGAACGCACCAACAACCAACCUGUACCUGCAGACCUCGUAAAUACCAUCAUUCAUGGCACGGUGACAUCUAUCCUGAAAGUGCAACACAUUCCUUACCUCAGCGCGAUAAGCGACGCCCUGAGAAUCCUUCAAGCAGAAGCAAAAGCGACAGCAAACGAGAACGCACAGACAUUCAGCAACAUCAAAAAUGAACUUACAAACAGUACAGAAGCCGCUCGACAGUUCACUAUAGCUACGCACCAGAACACGAAUAUAGGCGAGGAACCAAGGGCAGCCGCAAAAGAAGCAGCAGAGACAGGCAAAACAGUCCUGGAAAUAACUAGGGAGAUCCAGACCAAAGGGAUGCAGAAUCAGGCAAAUGAACCAAUGACCUAUGUGCAACCAGAGGCCAGACACUAG